AUGUCCAGUCUUCACGAGCUCCUUCACCGACAGCGACCAGGACGAUGGCAAGAAUUCCGCGCCCGGCCUUGUGUCUUCCUCGCAAAAAUGCUUUAUGGUUGGUACGAGCCUAUACCAGCUACGCCACUCACAAAACCUAUCGCGGUUGUCUGUAUCUCUGAUACCCACAACACCCAAACCGACGUCUAUGAUGGAGACAUCCUCAUCCAUGCUGGUGAUCUCACACAAUCUGGAUCUUUCCAGGAACUUCAAGAUUCGAUCGCCUGGCUACGCAGACUACCUCAUCCCACCAAAAUUGUGAUUGCUGGCAAUCAUGACCUACUACUUGAUUCAGCGCGGGAUGAUGUGUCCCGUCGAGCAGCCUCCGAGCGAGCUCAAAUCGACUGGGGAGAUAUAAUCUACCUCGAAAACGAGGAGGUAACAAUUUAUUGCCCAAAUGGUCGUCAACUGAGGGUCUACGGAAGUCCCUACUCUUGCCGCCAUGGCAACUGGGCCUUUCAAUAUCCCCGAAAUCAAGAUGUAUGGGUUGGCUCAGUACCAGAUGGAAUUGAUGUGCUGAUUACUCAUGGUCCACCACUUGCUCAUCUUGACUUACUGAAGUGGCUGUCCUUAUUUGCUACAGACCUUAUGGAGAAUUCGGCCAAGGCUACAUGUAUUCGGCCAUAUACAUGA